CAUCGCAGCAGCGUCGCUAACGCUUGAAACACCGCACGCGACCGUCCUACAUGAAGAACUUCUCGCCGGCUUCGCGACGCGAUUCUUUCUAAGGCAGGAGAAGUCACUAGAUUUGGUACAAGCCCUCCUCGUAAUGCUUAUCUACUACCUCCCUCCCAAAUCAGCUAUGCAUGGGCAGUAUUAUCAAUACACGCAUAUCGCAACCACUAUGGCGCUAGAGCUUGGGAUCGCAGCCGGUGCCGUUGGUCGCAAGACUCAACGCUGCCAUGCGGGUGAGGGGGAAUUGCCCCCAUCAGUACAUAGUGACCAGGCCCGGGCCGUCCUCGGCUGCUAUCAUUUCGCAUCAAAUGUUAGCAUGCAGACACGUCGACCGAACAUGCUCUGCCACAAUGCUGUCAUCGGCGGUUAUGUCAAGCAUCUUAGUGUCUCUACCAGUGCUUUGGACCAGCAACUGGCAGCAUGGUUCGGGCUGCAGAGGAUAAUGGAUGAGACACUGGCUGCUGCAGGUCAUGACAACACUCUGACGGACACUCAGAUGUUGGAAUCGCAGAUGUUGCCGAUCCUCAAGUGGUUCGACACUCGUAUGCUGCAGUGGAAGAUGUCGAUUCCGAAGGAUAUGUUCACGACUUGGAUGGAUCUUGAAUACCACUACCUUUACCUUGCGAUUCAUGAACAAGCUGCGGGCGAGGGCUACCGUGACCCCGACGCAGCAACCCGCAGGUAUUACACACUGCCCCCUCUCGAGGGCGACACGGAGCGACAUAGGGCCAAUGUGCCGAUCAGCGCGGCGCGGGUACAGAUCAUCACGAAAUGGGUGCUCUCUGCCCAGCAACUUCUCGACGUCUUCCUGCAAUGCGACAUUCCGACCCUGCGCAAGCUACCAAAUAUGACCUACACGCGGAUGAUCUUAGGGGUCUCCUCCCUUCUGCGUAUCUACCACAUGACCCAGCUCGGCCCUCUGAGCGAGGUUAUCACUCCACAGAUGAUUAAUGUCGACGAAUACUUGGAUCGCCUAUCACAUGCCCUAUCGGAAGCCUGCGAUAACCAGAAAUUCCGCGUCCCGAGCAAAUGGUACCACGUCGUGGCCGUCAAGAACCGCGAGUGGUACGAACAGCUCCAACGACGGCUGGCGGGCUAUUCCUCCGAGAAUCCCUCGUACCUGCGCGGGAUCUUCCCGCCCCCGACCUCCACGGCGGCAGGUGUGCCCGGCGCACAGCCGCCUGGGAUGUUGCCCUCGCUGGUUCCCGGUGGUGCCCCGGCUUACAUGGAGCCAUGGUAUGCGGACGACCCGGCUGGAAGGGCGGACGCCGUGAGGGAAAUGCCGGCCGUCGGGGGCGCUGCGGCGCCGAUGAUGUAUCUCUCCUCGAUGCAGCCGGUCCCGGGCGCCGUUGAGGCCGGUGGGCACUUCGCGCCUCCUGCGGGCAACGCCGGGUGGCGCUUGGAUGAGCCGCUCCCCGAUCUGUCGUUCCCGUAUUAAUGAUGUAUACAUGUGUAAUGAAGCGAUGAGCCUACGCAGAAUCCGUCCGCUGUG